AGAUGGCAGCAUCAAUAAAUUCCUCAUAGAAGGUUGUCUGUCUGGCAGUCACACUAGAGUCAGACACUUUGGAAGUAGCAAAGUGGGUGUGGUUAAAUCAGAGGGCAUCGUUAAGAGAUUUACAGGUUUCUUUUUUCUGGCUAAAAUUUGUUUCGGUUUUAUUCAACAGUGAGGUGUUUAUGUAGAUACGUAGUGAAGUAUAAUAUAACGUUUUAUUAUUUUUUUAUCAAGUAACAUACUGUCAUUCUACACGUUUUGUUCUCGUUACCAGCGAUUUAGCUAAUCUAGUCAAUCGUAGCCACACUAGCUAUUCCUUUAGCAAGCUAACCAGAAGCAGCAGUAGUAGAUUUGCAGCUCACUCUGUCCUUUUUUACGUCGCCAUGGCGGAUGUUGACAAACUCAAUAUAGACAGUAUCAUCCAGCGUCUUUUAGAAGUUAGAGGAGCAAAGCCAGGUAAAAAUGUGCAGCUCCAGGAGAAUGAGAUCCGAGGAUUGUGCCUCAAGUCUAGGGAGAUCUUUCUAAGCCAACCUAUUCUUCUGGAACUUGAAGCCCCCCUCAAGAUCUGUGGUGACAUCCAUGGGCAAUACUAUGACUUAUUAAGGCUGUUUGAGUACGGGGGCUUCCCUCCUGAGAGCAACUACCUAUUUCUGGGGGACUAUGUGGACAGAGGGAAGCAGUCUCUGGAGACCAUCUGCCUGCUUCUGGCCUACAAAAUAAAAUACCCAGAGAACUUCUUUCUGCUGAGGGGAAAUCAUGAGUGUGCCUCCAUCAACAGAAUAUAUGGAUUCUAUGAUGAAUGUAAAAGAAGGUACAAUAUCAAGCUUUGGAAAACCUUUACAGAUUGUUUUAACUGCCUCCCAAUUGCUGCCAUUGUUGAUGAAAAGAUUUUCUGUUGCCAUGGAGGGUUAUCACCUGACCUCCAGUCCAUGGAACAAAUUAGGCGCGUCAUGAGGCCCACCGAUGUCCCUGACCAGGGCCUCUUGUGUGACCUGCUCUGGUCUGAUCCGGACAAAGAUGUCCUCGGCUGGGGUGAGAAUGACAGGGGUGUCUCGUUCACCUUUGGGUCCGAAGUGGUGGCAAAGUUCCUGCACAAACAUGACCUGGAUCUGAUCUGUCGUGCCCAUCAGGUUGUUGAGGAUGGCUACGAGUUCUUUGCAAAGCGACAGCUUGUGACUUUAUUCUCAGCACCCAACUACUGUGGGGAGUUUGACAACGCUGGUGCCAUGAUGAGUGUAGAUGAGACCCUCAUGUGUUCUUUUCAGAUUUUGAAGCCAGCCGAAAAGAAGAAGCCAAAUGGCAGCCGUCCAGUCACACCCCCACGGAACAUGGUCACCAAGCAAGGCAAGAAAUAAGGAGGCAUGACUGGACUCAUGUCCGGCUCCCUGUUCGGUUUUUGUCUUUUGCAUCAGAAGGGUUGGUUGCCCUUUGAGCUGCCAAUGCUGAAAAAGAUAUCCACUCCAACCUAAAGAAAGCAAAAUGUUGUGUAGUUUUGUCCACAAAGGUAAAUGGAAAUGUCACCAUGAAAACCUCAGGUGUUUUGCACUCCAUUGCAACUAGUCUUUGCCACAUAUGACUGUUCAAUUAGGAACAAUGUAACUAUGGCUGAUAAUGCACAGAAAUGCCUUGUUUGAAGCUGUGCACAGAUUUCCCCUGAUUUUCUGCAUUUCAUGUCUCAUCAAUUUGUCAUCACCUGGCACUGUCAAUAAUGAAAUUAAUGGUUCUUAAACAGCUAAGAAAGAUACUUUUCUCCUGUAUAACUUUAUCAUAGGACUUUGAAUCCACUGAAUCUUUAUCAUAGGACUUUGAAUCCACAGUAUGCGUCUGCAUUCUCACCGUUUUUAAAACAUGUGUGCUGAAUUAAAUGAAAUAAAGCGUUCUUGUACAGUUGUCUAAAUCUUUCUAAUAAACUUUAACACAUUUUAGGGGGAAA